UCUUUCAUACAAUCAUCAUCACUUCAUCACUUCUCUGUUUUUCUUCAGAUUUCUCUCAGAUUCCAUCCCAAGUCAACAACGUCGCUGCUUUUGUCGGAAUGAUAACGCGGAUCCUCUCCGAUCUCAUGGAUAUGCCAACGGCGGUUGCUGCGGGUGAAUCGGUGCUGGGUACAAUCAAGAUCGCAGUGCUGCCAAUAGCCAAAGUGUUCACAAUGUGCUUCUUGGGUCUUCUCAUGGCCUCCAAGUACGUCAACAUCUUGCCUCCCUCCGGCAGAAAACUCUUGAACGGGUUGGUCUUCACGCUUCUGCUUCCAUGCUUAAUCUUUUCCCAGCUCGGACAAGCCGUCACUCUCCACAAGAUGCUUCAAUGGUGGUUCAUUCCGGUUAACGUCGUUCUUGGUACAAUCUCAGGCUCGUUAAUAGGCUUCCUUGUUGCUACCGUUAUUCGCCCUCCUUACCCUUAUUUCAAGUUCACAAUCAUACAAAUCGGAGUUGGUAACAUUGGCAAUGUCCCUCUUGUGUUAUUAGCGGCUCUAUGUAGAGACAGAUCCAACCCUUUUGGUGACUCUGAAAAAUGUAGCAUUGAUGGCACUGCUUAUAUCUCUUUUGGUCAAUGGGUUGGAGCCAUCAUCCUCUACACAUAUGUGUACCAGAUGCUUACUCCUCCUCCACAAGGUUUUGAUGGUGAUCAAGAAGAAAAUCUUACUUUGAAAAACGUACAAGUAGAUGCUGCUUCUCCAGAGCACGUCCCCUUGCUUACUCAGAACGCCGAAUCUAGAGGAAGAGUGGAUUCAAAGAUUACACAGUUCUUUGUUUACCUCUUUGAGAAGUUGAAACUAAAGCAAAUCAUCCAACCUGCAAUAAUUGCUUCAAUUCUUGCCAUGAUACUUGGUGCAAUACCUUUCACCAAGAAGUUGAUAUUCACAAAUAAUUCACCUCUUUUCUUCUUCACAGAUAGCUGCAUGAUUCUUGGGGACGCCAUGAUACCGUGCAUCUUGCUAGCACUUGGUGGGAAUCUCAUUAACGGACCAGGAAGUUCAAAGCUUGGUUUCAAGACAACAGCGGCGAUUAUAGUUGGUCGGUUGGUGUUGGUGCCACCAGCAGGACUAGGGAUAGUGACGUUAGCAGACAAACUUGGGUUCCUUCCAGCUGGUGACAAGAUGUUUAGGUUUGUGUUACUUCUACAGCACACAAUGCCUACCUCUGUGCUCUCGGGAGCUGUUGCUAACCUUAGAGGAUGUGGAAGGGAGUCGGCUGCUGUGCUCUUCUGGGUUCAUAUUUUCGCCAUCUUCUCAAUGGCUGGAUGGAUGGUUCUGUAUAUCAACAUACUCUUCUAGAUUCUUCUUCUUUAUUUUUCUUCUUUUCUUUCUUGUGUAAUAGUAAAUACCAUGUGAGCUGAGCGAGAUCUUUCCUCUUGUUUGCUCUGAAUAAAUCAAAGUAUAUUAUAGUUUCUGAAA